UCAGCCGGUGGCUUGCGUCUCGGGACAUGCAUGUUUCAGUCGAGGGAUGUCCGUCCAAUCGUCGCAUGCAGCGAUCGUGCGUGUUGGCAAACCCAUAGGAGAUGCCGGAGAAGAAGUGGUCCAGAACAGGAUACAAGGUGUAGGCACGUAGCCUCUGCAACCAAGUACCGCAUACUCGCCAGCUACAUUCCUCAGAGACGCAACAAGUUAUUCAGCAGAAAUCAGCCAUGGCCGCCAUCGCAGGCCGCGCGUACGAGGACUUCGUGCCGCCGCACAACAUGGUCACCGAGCCGGCGACCCACACCCUCUCCGUCGAUCUCACCGCCGCAGGGUACAAGAAGGAGCACAUCAGGGUGCAGCUGGUCCGCAGCCACGGGCUAGUGGUCGUGCGCGGCGAGCGCGCCGUCGCGGGCAACCGCUGGAGCCGCUUCCGCCUCGAGUUCCGCGUGCCCGACGGCUGCGACCUCAAGGGCAUCCACGCGAGGUUCGAGGGCGGCGUCGUGCGGGUCACCAUGCCCGGGCUAAGGACCGCGGUCGGCGACGUCUCUGGUAAGCAGGUGCCCCCGGCGGCCAAGGCUGAUGCUUCCGGCGUUGGAGCAGGAGACAAGGAAGACGAGAACGUGCAGAAACAGCCGGCGGAGGAGCGCGGGGCCGACGCGGUCAAAGAUAGUGCCCGCCUUGAUCAAGGACAAGAUAGUGGCCGCCUUGAUCAAGGACAAGGUACCCCUGCCGACGGCGUCCGGGGAGUGGAGUCGCCGGCGACGUCGUCAGGCCGCGGAUACAGCUACCUCCCUGAACGGAGAAAGCUUGUGACCACCGUGGUUGGCGCGGUGCUCGUCCUGUUUAGCCUUGGCAUCUACGUCAGGUACAGCUUCGGCCCAUGAGCUGAGGCAAGGAGCGUUGACUACUCGACGUCAGAUGAGCGAUGAGCCUAAACGAUUUGGCGCCAAAACGUUGUGCAAGUGCGAUAGUGCUAAGCGAUGCUCGGGUUGACUCAAUUGUAUCCUAAACCUAAACUACAGCUGCUUAAGAUUCAUGAUGAAUCAUGACGGCUUCCUUAAUCUGGUACCAACAUGUACUCCCUCUCUCUAUAUAAGCACGCCUAUAACAAAUC